AUGGCAUAAAAUCAUUUAAAAUAAAAAAAAGCACUUUUAUCUCUUAAAAAUGCUCAUAAUGACAAAUAAGAGGAUGCUUUAUCAAAAAAACGGUACAAUUAAUGUAGAAAUUUAAAAUUAUAGAACCAAAAUUGAAAAUGCCAUAAAUUAUUUAUUAAUUGAUGCUGUAGGAUGGAAAAAUCAUUAUCCUUUUCAUAACGAUGGUUAAUAGGUGGUUCAUACAACAUUUCAAAUUAAAAUCACAAAAAAAAAAGAAAAACAAAUCACUUAUAUUUAAGAUGGAUUAAUUCUUAGGUAAAAUAUAUGUAUAAUAAAUCAAAAGAAUAGAAAAGUUUCAUCAAAAUAUCAACUUAUAUUUAAAUUUAGAUCAAAUACAGUUCUUUUAGUGGAAGGGUUCAAAAGAGAACGAGACUCAAUCAAUAGUAAAAUAGACUGGAUGGUGGAAUGGUAAAACAACCAAUUUAGGAGGAAUCUGUGAUGAAUUUGGUUAUAAGAUAGGGUAAUGGAUUGAACCUUGUGAAACUUAUUGUAGGUAAUUUUAUUUAAUUUAAAUGUAGUCAAUAUUAAAUGACCUAUUCUGGAACUUAUGGAAAAAAAGGGUAGAGAAUUGGAUAAUGGAUCUAUUGGUAUGAAUAGGAGAGAAUGUAUUUACCUUAAUUAUUUUUAGAGGGGGAGGAAAUUAUGAUGAAAAUGGAAGAAAAACAGGGGAAUGGUUCGAAAUUCACAAAAGCUAUGAUCAAUAGUAAGUAAUUUACCUUAAUUAAGUCAUUAAGUCAUCAUAAUUGGUUAGUAUAAUAAGGGAUUAAAAAAAGGAAAAUGGUAAGUGUUGGAUGGCAAUCAGAUAAUGUAUAUAUUUUUUGAAUAUAAUAAGUGGAGAGGGGUUUUAUAGUGAAAAUGGUCAAAAAAUAGGGAAAUGGACAGAACUAUCUGAAAGUUUCUCAUAGUAAAAUUAUAAAAAAUAAAUUUUAUAAAUUAGUUUUACAAAACUAAUAUUUGGUGGUGAGUACAAAAAUGGAUUAAGAAUUGGAAAAUGGUUAACUUUUUAUAUGGGAACACCUGUAUGUAAUUAAUACACAAAGUAAAAUUAUGAUGUUAUGUAUGAUUUUUUAUUAACAUUUAUUAGAGGAGGUGGAUUUUAUAAUAAAUUUGGGUUAAAAGAGGGGUAUUGGGUUGAAUAUUAUGAGGGAGGAUAUAAAUAGUAUUAUUUUUUGGCUCUAAUUUUAGUCGUGCUUCAUUUACUAUUGCUGGCGAAUAUAGAAAGGGUUUAAAAAAUGGAAUUUGGAGAACCAUAUAGUAUAUGGAUGGCAAACAAAAUAUUGUGUAAAUAUUUAAAAUUGAAAUUAAUUUAAAUAGAGGAGGAGGUAAUUAUGACCAGAAUGGAAAGAAAUUUGGUAAAUGGAUUGAAAUUACGGAAAACGGCAAUUUCAGUUUGAUAUCUUAAGUAGGAGUAUACAGAUAAGGAGUUAAAUUUGGAUAAUGGGAUACCUAUUUUCUGGGGAAUAAUAAAAAAAUGUUAAAAUAAAUAUUUAACUUAGCGGAGGAGGCUGUUAUAAUGAAUAAGGUUUAAAAUCAGGAAAAUGGAUAGAAUAACAUGAAUAAAAUGAUGUAUAUAAAAAGUAAAUUAUUGAAAGAUUUAUAUUAGAAUAAUCUAUAGUGGAGAAUAUAAUCAGGGUAAAAAAUUUGGUUAUUGGGAGACUGUGAAAAAUGAAAAUGAUCAGAUUUAGAAAAUGUAAGUUGAAAAUAAUAUAACUUUUUAAAGCCGAGGUGGAUUCUACAACAAUUAAGGAUAAAAAAUAGGAUAAUGGAUUGAUUUAGUAAAGGAAAAUACUGAUGAACUAAGUUAUGUAUUUAGAUAUAAUUAGUAUUAAUGUAUGGAUGCUAUAAAGAUGGAGAAAAAAACGGCUAAUUUACUACAUUUAUUUAGUCAUAAAAAUAAACUAAAACUCAGAAAAUGUAAAUCAUAAAUAUGUAUAAAAAGUGGAGGUGGCUAUUAUAUUAAGGGUAUUAAAGUUGGUAAAUGGAUUGAAAUAAGUGAAAAAUAUAGAAAGUAAAGAAUAUUCUAUCAAUUUAAAUAGCUUUGAUUAAAUUUUUCAUAUUGGUAGAUAUUGUGCAGGAAUAAAUAUAGGGAUAUGGGAGACAUCAAGAAAUUACUAAAAUGCUCAUUAAAUCAUGUAUUUUAUUAAUAAAUAGCUUUAAGGGGUUUUGGAUAUUAUAAUAAAUUUGGGAUUAAGCAAGGAAAAUGGAUAGAUCCUUGUAGAUUUUCUACAAGGUAUUUCUAAUUCAUAUAUAAAAAUAGCACAAAUUUAGUUUAUAUGGGGUAAUAUAGUAAAGGCAUAAAAAUUGGAAUAUGGCAAUUCCAAUUUUAACAAGCGAAUAAGGAAAUUAUCAUAAUGUAAGAAAUGGUUAAACUAACUUCUAGGGAUUCUGGAACUUAUAAGGAUGGUAUUAAAGAUGGAAAAUGGAUUGAAAUGCCACCAAGUUUAGGUACCGGAAGAUAAAUUACUGAUCAAGGAUGUUACAACAAUGGUAUUAAAGUUGGUAUUUGGGAAAAGUUAUUUGUGGGUAAACCAAAUUUUUUUGAUUUACUCUUUGAUUGA